GAGGGAAAGGCCUGUCCUCUAACUGCAGAGCCUGCGAGGACGGGGGAGGGAGGAGGCAAGAAGGAGCGCGAGCGUUUAGCAGGGUGGUAGCAGGAGGUCUGGUACCUCCUGCGGGAGCUGGGCACAGCCUGCCUGCUGCUCGAGCUGCUUCACGCGACAGCCGCCUGAAGUCAACUCAAAGUCACCCGGUGGAGCAGAGAAAUCCACACUGCAGCAGCAGCAGCAGCAGCAGCAGCAGCAGCAGCAGCAGCAGCUCCCUCCUCUCCGCCUCUUCCCUGCACCUGCUGCACGCGAGGGGCUGGCGCAGCGGCGGUGGCUGCCAUUGCCAGGCGUGGGACUGGGAGGGAGCGAGCAGAGCAUCCCCGUGUGGAGGCAUGUAUUCCUCGGCAGCAGCCCGGGAUCCUGCUGGCAAGGACGCGUUGCUGCUGCUGCAUCUGACGUGUUUCUCCCACGAGAGCUUCUGGUAGUUCGAAGGCAGUCGAAGGAGAAGCCCACACGGACGUCAGGGAGCCAGGUAUAUAAAAGGCCUUCUGAGAGGAAUCCGGCAUGGACAGAGAGCCCUUUGGGUGAAGGGGCUGCUUUUUCUGCUUCUCCGUUGCAGAUAUAAAAGGAGACAGCAAGGAGCAUCGUAUCCCGGAGGAUUCUGUGGUGGCCUUUUCAGUACUGUUCUCCUCUUUCUCCUUGUGCACCGCAGAGCACUGACCUUUUCCCGUGGAAUUGGAGUCUCUGCCACUGCUCCCCCUGUUCCAGCUGGGAGGACGAGGUCGUUCUCCGCCUCUGUCUGUGCAGGCACUUCUGUUUGAAUGGAAGAUACAUCUUUCUGCUGAAACUCUUUUGUUGUGACAUUGCAUAAUAGACGGUUGUCUCACCGCAGGAAAUAAAAGAACCGAAAGGAAACAGAGAGACGGAGGGAAAUUGUUCCCUAAAGCAAAACUGAAGCGGGGAAGAGAACGCCAAAAUUACUUCAAGCUUUCUCCAAGAGCUAGAAGACCACUAAUCUCCUAGCUCCAGAGGAAAAUACACUAUUACAGAAACUCCUCAGCAGUCAGUAACGAUGAGUAGCCCUGGUGUUUUGUCUGGAUGCAGCUGCUAAAGGAAAGCUUUGGAGGGACGUGGGGUCUCUGGCCUGUAUGAUGCCUGAAGACAGAAAUGCUGGAGUCCGCAGCCCAGGUGCCUUAGCAGCACCUCCUUUCAUUCCUAAAACUACUUACAGGAGAAUUAAGCGGUGUUUUAGUUUCCGUAAAGGUAUUUUUGGCCAGAAACUAGAAGACACUGUCCGAUACGAAAAGCGAUAUGGGAACCGCCUGGCACCUAUGCUGGUGGAGCAGUGUGUGGAUUUUAUCCGGCAGCGGGGGCUGAAGGAAGAAGGCCUGUUUCGGCUGCCUGGGCAGGCUAAUCUUGUCAAGGAGUUGCAGGAUGCGUUUGACUGUGGAGAGAAGCCUUCUUUUGACAGCAAUACCGAUGUGCACACGGUGGCAUCGCUGCUGAAGCUGUACCUAAGGGAACUCCCAGAGCCAGUCAUACCGUAUGCAAAAUAUGAAGAUUUUCUUUCCUGUGCCAAAAUGCUCAGCAAGGAGGAAGAAACGGGCCUGAAAGAAUUGGUGAAGCAAGUAAAGAGCCUGCCAGCUGUCAAUUAUAAUCUACUGAAAUACAUCUGUAGAUUCCUUGAUGAAGUCCAGUCUUACUCAGGUGUAAACAAAAUGAGCGUGCAGAAUCUGGCUACUGUUUUUGGCCCCAACAUCCUUCGCCCUAAAGUGGAAGAUCCUUUGACCAUCAUGGAGGGUACAGUAGUAGUCCAGCAGCUAAUGUCAGUGAUGAUAAGCAAGCAUGAAGAGCUGUUUCCCAAGGAUGCAGACCCUGAGAUGGGACCUGAGGUGUGCAACAAUAACAAUGAAAUGCCAAAGAAAGCAAUCGUGGGGCAGCUGCAGAACAAAGAGAAUAACAACACCAAGGACACAGCAGUGAGGCGCUGCUCCUGGGAUAAACCUGAGUCUCCCCAAAGGGGAAGCGUGGACAAUGAAUCUCCGACUGCUCAGCCAGGCAGCAAGACAAAUAGCCCCAGGAACAGCAUCCAGAAAUUAGAUGUCACCAGAAGCCCACCGCUCAUGGUGAAAAAAAAUCCCGCUUUUAAUAAAGGCAGUGGCAUAGUCACCAACGGGUCAUUCAGCAGCUCUGUGGAGGGCCAGGAGAAGAGCCAGACCUUACCCAACUGCACCCUGCAGAGCAGGAGAACGUCAUCCCUGAAAGGAGCGGUGACUAAGAUGGGCACACAGAGCAUGCAGAACGGCGGUGUGCGGAUGGGUGUUUCUAGCACUGACGGGAUCACCACCACCCUCAACAACCGGGCCGCGGGCUGGGCGCCCAACGGCUAUGUCACGCUGAGGGACAACAAACAAAAGGAUUCAGUCAGCGAGUCGGGUCAGCACAACAGGCUCUCCACCUAUGACAAUGUCCACCAGCAGUUCUCCAUGGUGAACUCUGAUGACAAACAGAGCGUGGACAGUGCUACCUGGUCAACGUCAUCUUGUGAAAUAUCCCUCCCCGAGCACUCCACCUCCUGCCGUUCAUCCACCACCACCUGCCCCGAGCAGGACUUCUUUGCGGGUAACUUUGAAGACUCUGUGCUGGAUGGACCACCAAAUGAAGACCUCUCCAACCCGGGUGACUAUGAGAACAAAAGUGACCGAAGGAGCGUGGGGGGCCACAGCAGCCGGGCCACCAGCAGCAGUGAUAACAGCGAAACAUUUGUGGCCAACAGUACUAACAAUCACAGUGCUCUCCACAGCCUGGUGUCCAGCUUGAAGCAAGAGAUGGCCAAACAAAAACUAGAGUAUGAGACAAGGUUAAAGAGCUUGGAGCAGAGAAAUCUCACCUUGGAGACUGAAUUGGUGGCCCUACACGAAGAGCUGGAUCAAGAGCGAAAGAAGUUCACAAUGGUAGAAAUCAAAAUGCGUAAUGCAGAACGGGCCAAAGAGGAUGCAGAGAAGAGGAAUGACAUGCUGCAGAAGGAAAUGGAGCAGUUUUUCUCCACUUUUGGAGAACUUACAGUAGAGCCUCGCAGACCAGAAAGAGGCAACACCAUCUGGAUCCAGUGAGCAUUGGAGGCUUGGACUGUGGGACCUCAGGGAAGGGCUUGGGGGUAUUACACUGCAUCAGGUGGCUGGUCACCUGUCUGAGGCUAGUACUCAACAUAAUGUUAUAAACCCUUGAAGGAGGAAAUCAUAGACAUUAACCAUUCAUAUCUACAGUGUGUACUUAUCAAGUUAUGCUCUUUGAAUGCUUCAUAAGACUACUGUCAAGUGUUACAACUGGAUAUGUGUAUAUAAAUUUAAAAAAAAAAUCACCUUAGAGAGCAAGAGAUGUAUCUCAAGAAAUAUUUUAAUGCAAGUCUUGUAUUUAAACUGGUAAAUUGAAAUGUUGUUGCAAUCAAGCUUUAUAUCAAGGCUUUUUUCCCUUGCACUUAACAUAAUAAGCUAUUUUUGGCAUUGUGUUACCAUCAGCUUAUUUUGUAUAUCAAAUGUUGUUUUUUUGUUUUGUUUUGUUUUGUUCCCGCCUCUAGCUGGGGAGUGGAGAUAAACAGAUAUGUUAAGGUAUGUGUGCCGAUGGUUAA